AAAUCGCUCUGAUAAAAGUCAAAGCCCAAACAAAACAAAAAUUCUCGGAAAUUUUCACUUUUUGUAUCCCAAAAAUUGCGCGUUUUUGAUGGAAAUGACAUCAGACUACUUUUAAUUAGACUAUUAACGUAAAAGAAUGCAUCACGCUUUAUAAUAUUACAUUAAUUACCAUUUCAAGUGUUACUCUAUUGUGUUUGUGUUCGUGCUAAUCUCCAAAGCUAACUUUCAUCUCGUACAUUUCACUGACAGGAAUUCGAUCAGAAUGUCGUUCUGCUACGGAAAUGGUGUUCCUUUAACCAAAGUUUUGAAUAAAGGUCAAAUUCAGUGAUUAACGUUCGCGAAGUUGUUCGAAGCAGUUCACUUUACCAUCAUGGAAAACAACUACGACGAGAACCUAAACGAAAACGCGUUCUUCAAAACCCUGAAAACCGAUUACGAGACCGUAUUCCAGAAAUGCAUAUUCGAGAACUGGAUCAUCUGUAUUCCGUGCGCCGAAUCGUUGGAAAACUACGAACUGAACGAGUACAAUAUCUCGACUCAUAUACUAAUACCCAGCGAAGAGUUACCAGAAACGCAUUUCCAAACGUUGAACGAUCAACACGUACAAAUUUACGAUAAAGUAGUCCGAUUAGUGAAUAUUUGUCACGAUGUUCCGAUUUUGUUUACAGAGACAUUCUACAUCGAUAACGUACGCUACGAGGUGUUAUGCUUAGAAAGACCACUCAACUAUAACGCCGAGAACUGCAGAUUUAAUUUACGUAUUUAUCCGGUGAAAAGUCUACGCGACUGUAUCGAUCUGCUAUUACUAGAGAGCUCGGAUGGUUCUUCGUUGGUGGAAAAAUUGGACGAAAUAAUCAAACAGUUUUUAUUCCUGAGUAGUAAAGAUUUUUUUAACAAGGGUUGCGAGCAGCAAAAUAAUUUCAUUCGCAAUAUUUACGUGAGAUGUUUACAGAUAAGCUUGCUCGAUAAGAAACUCGCUUCCAAGGUGAAACUGAACCGUAUGUUCAUGACUAAUGUGAAAAUCUCCGUCGAAUCUUACGUUUUACACAAUAUGUACUCGAUCGUGAUGAAAGGUUUGAUAACCAACUGUACCAACGAAAUCGGAUCGUUUAAUAAAGCUUUACGUAGCUUGAGCAAUGUUCAACUGCAACAUUUAAACGCUUCGGAUUCCGUUCUAGAGAGUAUUCCUAAAGCUCGCAGCGAACUUUCCCGAAUCAAUGGCUACAGUACGGUUUUGGGGAAGUUGACUUGUUUCAAAAGAUGCAUUAAUUUGAUCACUAAGAAUAAAUACCAAAGUACUAAUAAACUAUCCGUCGACGAGCUGCUACCCAUUCUGGUAUUCUUAGUGGUGAAAUCCGGUAUCACGACGUGGAUCGCUCAGCUCUACUACGUGAAAGAUUUCAGUUUCUCUCAAAUGGAUGGAAAUCACGCCGACGAACUGAGUUUCCUGUUUACAACUCUAGAAGCUGUAAUGACUUAUAUUCGAGGAGGGCUGUAUUUCAAAAUAAUCUACUCGAAGGAAUGCGAACUGGUACUUUUGGACGAAGGAGGCGAUAAAUACGACGAUGCUGACGUCUGUUCGUACGUUUGCAGUAAAAGUAAACUCUAUUGGAAAACCAAGAACCCAUUUUUGCUCAAAUUAUUCCAAGCUAUUUGUAACGACGAUCUCGAUAACAUUAAAUCAUUCCUAGAAGAGCCCGAAGAGUCACCAGAGACCGUAGUUGCCAUCGUACAAACUCAGUACUGCCAUCCUCUGUGCUCUUGCGACAAAUGUGAAAAACUGCAAACGACCAGUACCCAGCAAGCUUCGUUGACGGUUAAUACGGUGAACAAUAGCGGUUGUAGCGCCUUACAUGUGGCAGCUUGUUACGGUAAAUCGGUCAUAUUGGAUUGGUUACUGAAUCGAGGAGCGAAUCCGAACCAUACCGAUUACUCCGGAUCUACUCCUUUACACUGUGCUGCAGCUCACGGUCAUCAGAACACUGUGCUUUUGCUUAUGUACGCCGAUGCUAAAUUAGAUCAACACGACGACGAUGGUAAUCAACCUUUACAUCUUGCUGCCGCCAACGGUCACGUGGAUUGCGUCAAAGCUCUGUUAUAUUUCGCCGAACACGCCGGUAUCCGUUACGACGUAAACGGUACGAAUAAAGAUGGCGAUACGCCGCUCCACCUGGCGGUAAAAUAUUACCAUAAGGACGUCGUCGAAAUCCUACUAGUCUACAAUGCGAAUCCAUCGAUUAAAAAUAAACACUCGUGUAACGCUUUCGAACUCAGCGACAGCUUGAAUAUCAUCUCGCUGCUAAAUGAAAAACACUGCACCGUCGUCAAUCUCUUAAACAUGCCAUUGAAAUCACCUCCUUGCUCGGUGGAAAUAAACGAACUCGAAUUUCCCGACGAGGUUCACCUUCUACCCCGCGAAGAAUACGGUGUCCGGCCUCAAACCGCCGAAUGCAUCAAAAACGCCGAUAAACUCUUGAAAGCUGCCAAAGUCAGCGACCUAGGUUUAAUGAAAAGGUUCCUCGGAUUCCCCGAAGUCGUCCGAGAACCGAUCAGUGUACCUGAGAUGACGUACAAAUGCCAUCCUUUGUGCAGAUGUGAUAAAUGCUCCUCGACUGAGGAAGCUGCCGACGAAGACCAAGACGAUUUCGAUAAAAUUGACGCCCUCAGCGCCAACAUCUGCGACUCGGAUGGCUUCACAGCUCUUCACAUCGCUUGUAAAUACGGCCGAGUCGAAGCGGUCCGAUUCUUGCUCGAUGUUGGGGCUAAAAUCAACGUUAGAACGUACAAACAGCUACUGACUCCUUUACACGUCGCUUGUCUGUGGAAUCAGCCCAAUGCUGCGAAAGUUUUACUCGAUUGCGACGCUUGUAAGAUCAACGCUCGAGAUAGAAAUAACUGUACGCCGCUGCAUUACGCGUGCUCUGCCGGUAAUGCUCGAAUUGUCGAGUUGUUGCUCAAAUACGAACCGGAUACAGAGGCGAAGAAUGAUAAAGGCAAGACUCCGCUGAACGAAGCCGAAGAAAGUCUGUCGUUUGCUGUUAUGAGAUUACUAAAAGCGGUCAAAAAACAAAAGGAAGAUGUCGUGUGAUUGUUUUCUUGACUAUGGGAAGAUUUUUUAACCAUUUUUUUGUUUGUUUUGGUCGUUUAAGUUCUAACGUUAUGUAGUAUGUAAGUAAUAAAGCAGUCUUAAAUGUCUGUUUAUUAUGAAUUUUUUUUUUUUAUGAUCAUGUCCAUAUUUCUAUUACUUAUUCUGUGAUAAAAUACUGUUGUAAUUGUUGUGUCAUUUUAGUGUCAUUAUUGCUACAAUUCGGUUUCAAGUUAUCGUUGAAUUCCACUUUGAAUUAUUGAAAAAACGAAAUUAAUCGCAUUUAUUUAGAUUAUUUUCUCACGAAAUUUUGUUUACUUAUCGAUAUACCAGUUCAAAGACUUGAAAUGUAAAUAUUUUUGUUGAUUCCAUUCUCCUAACUACGUAGAUAAGAAAUAUUAUUAUUUUUUUUUUUCGAAUUAACUUUGUUGAAAAUUAUUUCUCCAACGUGAAUUAAAAGUUAUCAUAUGCAUUUUUCUUCUUCAUAGAUCUGAAUUUAAUUAUAGAUUUAUUAUUGUCCAUUAUAUUACUGUGAUGAUGUAAACUUAUAAGUGCAAUAUUGCAAUAUUAAUUACUUUUUGAAUAAAUUAAUAAUAAUUGA